CAUAGAUGAUGACAUGUUCGAUACAAGUAAAGAAAAUACGGAUGAAAAAUUGGUAUGCAAUGGAACAUUUUUGAAUUCAUUUUCGCAAUCAGUGAAUGAUAUUUGGACAGAAGACCUCCUGACUGGCCACGGAUGCUUCAGAGCAGAGUCAGAUGCUAAUAAUCUGAAUUGUUGUGUGUGCGAACCAGCUGCAGAGGACGUCGAACGCGCGAUUUUUCAGAGCCCACGUUUCGACCCCCAACGGCAAUUAAUCAUCGAGAUGCUUGGGAUAAAACAGAUGACUUCAGAAAAAGUACUUGCAUAUAUGCUUGCUUCUGAAAGCAGUUGGAAGACGAAAGGUGUUGUACGAAACAAUGUGGAGAAUGUGAAAAAUAUUCGACGAAUCUUCCACCUCCUACUUCUUUAUAUUGAAGAAAAAAGAUUGACGUCAUUGCGUCAUCCCUGGCGGCCUUGGACCUGGGGGCCCUUAACAAAGCGACGCCCGACGCCCGCGCACACGCCGACUUCAGACACCUUAAAACAUUACAGGCCUACUGAUGAUAGAAAUUCUUGUGGCGUUUUGGAUUCGCCGCUUUGUACGCGCUCGGGGCAGUCAUCGUGUUCCAUUUUGCCGCUGGCGCGCACCAGUGCGAAAAGCGCGUGCUCCAUUCACACAACGACUGCACCUCUUCUAUCGCGCAGGGGACUUCGAAUGAAGAGAGUGGUGUACGAGGUGGUACGAGGAGCUGUAAGCAGAUUUCUUCCGCCGAGCCAGCUGAAUAAAUGCGUAUUUGCCUCUCCGACAGUGUGCAGGAAAAGUGCUCAUCUAAAACCCGCUCAUUCUGCAAGAGAGCGCUGUUCAUCUGAGCGGAGCCGCUUUGGACAUCUCAGACGAACUCUACAUUCCGGCGGCUUUGUGAACUAUAUUUAUGAAUUUCUUGCAACCGCGGGGGCCGGCGCUGAAGGGGAUGUAGGCGAACGGGUGGCGGCGCUGCGCCUCCUCGGGGCCGAAGCGCUCGGGGCGGAAGCGCGCGGGCUGCGGCCACAGUCGCUCGUCGCGGUGCAGCAGCAGCGGCGAGAAGGUACUGGGAGUCAUGCUCAGAUGAUGGUAUGGAUUGCUCAUUCAAUUGAGCGGCUUUUUGACCCUAUUUUAUUCCAAACCAAAGGAGGUGUGGUCUUAUUAGUUACAAUUAACCAAGAAUUGAUUAAACCUGUUGAAUGUACUAGUGCGUACUUGCUUACAGACGGCUUGAAGGAAUUUGAAGACCUGUGUCACGCCACAUUUUGGCACCCGCACGGGCAUCAAAGGCCAGAGAGAAAGGCACCCAGCCCCCACCAGGAAGAAGUUAGAAGAGGGAAGAAAGACCAAAAUCAGAAGGCUGUGCAGAGUCAAAGAGAACUCCAAGCCCCGCAACAGCAGAGUGGGUUCGGGAGA